AACAACGGCAUCGACGUCUCGCUAGCUCGUCGGUCACCCCGCCCGGAAUCUGCCUUUGAAGGUGGUCGUAAAUUGUGGAACUCUUGGCGGAACUCCUACUAGGGGAGUCGGAGGUGCAGGUCGUCCGGGAGUCGAGAGGACGCAUAGCCGAUUCGCUACUGCUCCGGCUGCAGGGGUCGCACUCGGUCAGAACGCAGGCAUGGGUGCAGGUGCAAAUGGACCAGGGGGUCUAGGGUCAGGGCUUGGAACCGGAAUGGACAGGCCAUUGAGUGCCAUGAGUACCAAGGGCGUCUCGGCCGGCGGAGGAGUUGCUGGAGUGACGGAUUCGUCAGGCAGGAUGGAGGGUCAGGCUCUGAUCGACCUGAUUGCACGGGUCGCUCGGACGGAAGCUGCGAUUGCCGAUAUGAGUCAGCAGGUCGCAAGCCUGAACACGAUCGUCAAGUCGUUGCAGAUCAGCGCGACCCAGAACGGGACCGUCGGGGCUAACAGCCUGGGCUCGCACUCGGGUUCCAAUUCGAGUUCUGGAGGUUCGACGCCUUCCCUGUUUGCUGCUCCUCCCCCUCAAAUCACGAGGACGAGUGCGUCUAAUACGGCAGUCCCUGGCCUGGCAAGCUCAGAGGGACCGCCUUCAGCGAUCUCUACUGGCGCAUUGACGGCCGAGACCAACGAAUCCAAUUCGACCAUCACCCCUACCGCCGGGUCGAGCAGCAGCAACACCGAUAUUGCUGCGCUCACGCAUCAGAUCGCCGCUCUGAGCGCUAGUGUAGCCCAGUUGCAGAGGAUGCAGAGCACUUCGGUUCGGCAAGGUAUCGAGAAGCGUAUGGGUCAGAGUGGGGCCGCUAGUCCAGAGGAGAAAACCGGGGUACCUCCCGCUGCAGGCCAGAGCGGGACGAGCAACACUCCUCCCGGUCAGAAUGCAUCAGCCACAGGUGCACAACAAGCUGCUCAGACGCCGAGUCAAGGCGGUCAUCCUCAGCAACAGGGGUACUUCCCUAAUAUGGGCGGAAACGUCGGUAGACCGCAAAACGCCCGCAACCAGACCGGACCUGCGGGUGCUCUUAACAGCUCGAUCGCCAGCGCUCUGGGAUCGAUUGGGUCCAGGCCGAGACCUCAUCCAGGCAGGGCUGCCAGUAGCAGCGUCGUCACUGGAGCCGGUUCGGUCAACGCCGGUCAGGGCUAUCAGAGCAUGGGCAACGGCGGUGAGAGGCUGGGUGUUCCGACGCCCGGAAUUGCCGGUGGGAUGAGUCUGGGUCCUAUGAACAUGAUCAACCAGGGAGCUGGUGGUCGCGUGGAGCGCGAUCGAUUGGAGGCCGUCACGCCUGGUGGAAUGUCACGCGAAGGCGGACCGGGUGGUAUGACCGUCACCAAGUGGGAACACUUGCCGCUCACCCCGGAAUUGCAGAGGCAGAUUGUCAAGUAUGGCAUCGGUCCUCCCAACAAAAUUCAAGCGCGAGCUCUGCCGUUCAUGUUGAGAGGCUCUGAUAUCAUCGCUCAGGCGCCUCCUACGCAGGAGCGUAUCAUCACCUACGUUAUUCCUGUUGUACAACUGGUUUUGAGUCUCGGUGUGCAGCAUCAGCCCACAUACAAAGGGCCUUGUGCGAUCAUCGUGACCACUACCGUCGACCAGGCGACUCAGGCUCAUAAACUGAUUCGUGACAUCGGUGCACCCCUCGGCGUCAGGACCGGUCUUGCCGUAGGAGCAUCCGGCGCCGAUAUUUCGGCAGACCUCGCCAAUUGGCAUAGGAACGCAGUCCACGUUCUCGUCGGUACCCCCGCUCGGCUCAACGACGUGAUGGUCAAGCACGCCAGCAACGGUGGCUUGCCAGGCGGUGAAGUCCGCAUGUUGGUCCUUGACGAGGUCGACCAAUUAAUCGCUCGAAACCUGUACGAGAACGUGACUUCAAUUUGCCGGGUCCUGCCUGCACCGCGGUCGCGAAACCCGACUGCCGCCGGCAAUGGUAUUAUUGGCACUCCCGGCCCAAUGCAGAGUCCCGGAAUUACCAGCCCGUUCGACCUGGGUAUGAGUUCGCCCUUUAAUCCUGCUUCGACUAUGCCAUUCCCAUCCGCUUCGAACGCUCGUUUCAACAACAGCAAUAAUAACAAUAACGGUGGCAACGCCUCGAUGGCACUGGGAAGCAAUCCUGAAAGACAGACAUGCAUUUUCUCGAACACCAUUCCUACCGAUGUCAUCAACUUUUCGCAGUCGAUCCAGGUCCGCGAGCCUGUCCGAGUUCUGGUUCGACGUGAAGGUGGUACCAACACCUCCAAUGAGUCCACGUCAGCCGGCAACUUGCGUCACUAUUACCUGUACCUCGCUCUUGCAAGUGGAGCGGCUAACAGGAACGAGGCUGGUGCGGCGGGGCCAGGAACCAUCGGCUCUGGUCGUGCCGCAGGCAACCAGAAUACCGAGGUCAAUCAGGCCAAGGAGUUCAAAUUGGAAGCAUUGGCAGAUUUACUUCUUGAGUACCCUCUCUGGCAAGCGAUCAUUCACGUUGGAGCGCAAAGUACCCUCGAUGCUGUGGUUGGCAAGUUGAACAGCAGACAGAUGGAGAACCUCUCUCUCUCGCCGGACAUGUCGUCACAAGCCAAGCAAGCGGUGUAUACAAAGUGGAGGGCUUCCGCCCAGAGUGGCCGCGGGGCCCGAUUCCUGGUCGCGUUCGAUACCAUUGUCAAACCCCCGGAAGUCGUCGCUGCGCCGCUUGUUGUCAACUUUGACCUACCACGAAGCGUCGAAGGAUAUGCUCAACGAGUGUCCGCUGCGAACCAAGCGGAUGUCAGCAGAAACGACCGUAAUCGGAAUGCACCGACACCUUCCAGCAUCGUCUUGAACUUUAUCCAAGCUGCCGGCGGUGAUGUCGAGAUGCUUCGAAGCACCGAAUGUGCUUAUCGGUUCAAAUGUUCUGAGAUUCCAGCCUCGUUCCGGGACCUCUUCUAAAUGUGCCAGCCACAUCACACCAAACUUCGAAACUCCAGGAUCGUUCCGCCGACUGUCUCGUCCGAAUCGCAAUCUCAAAUGUAGCCUCUGUCUUGCCUUGCAUCCGUGGUGCCAUCAUCGAACCUAGUAUACAAGAAAGAAAAGAAAGCGAAGUGCAUUCAUUGUAUCUAAUCUCAUCCGCAUCGUUAUCAUCUCAUGUCUCGCGCUUCACGAUACGAACGGCUGUCCCAGAGUGACUUCCCGGUCGGCCGGUCGCUGAUAGACUGCCUUGAUUUUGCCGGAUAGUAUUAUAGCCGUCUUGCAAGAUUGACAGACCGAGAGAUGUUCCAGCUGUA